AUGGCCUUCAACCGAAAUCAAUUAUCCAACCUUUCUAUGGGCGACAGAUAUCUCAGUCAAGAGCUGAGCCCUCAGUCUCGUCCAAUGGACAUGUUUUCUUCCAAGGCGUCCGACACUCUCGGCAAUUGGAACUAUGACAGCGCCAUCGAUCUCUUCUCCUUGACUCCUGCCGAUAUGGACCCUGUCUCUUUCGAUUUCGCCGAUAGCUUGACAAGUAGCGACACGAAAGAUCUAUUCAUGGACCCAUUUGGAACCCCAUCCGCCAUCAACGGCUUCACCAUGCCAACCGAAGAUACCGUUUCCAUGUCAUCGGACUUCGACAGCGACGAUCAAUCCUGGUCAAUGCGCCCCUCAAUCGACAUGACCCCGGCGACUCAAAAACAAUCCAAACCAACAACCCGCAGCUCAACCUCGACCCAGAACUCAUCAACACGCUGGUCCUCAAGUCCCGAAAUCAAAGCUGAAGAAUACAUCGCUCCUCGCGAGAAAUCUACAUCCGCCCGCAAAACACGCAGCUUAUCUCAAGACUCCAAUCACUCCACUACCGGCCCGGACCCACAGGUGCGGAAUGCCGCCAAACGCGCGGCCCACAACAUCAUCGAGAAGCGGUACCGCACCAAUAUGAAUACUAAGUUCCUUUCGCUAGAGAAGGCGAUCUCGCCUGCUGGUAUUCACAAGCAGACUUCUCGCGUUGGUGCGGGAUCUUUGAAGAAAUCUGAGAUUCUGACUAAUGCUCUCGCCUACAUUGAGAGUAUUCAGCAGGAGAAUCAGGCUAUGCAUAAGGAACUUGCUUUGCUAAAGCAGAAUAUGGUUCCGAAUAGCAUGUGGCGACACAAACAAUCACGCUCGUGA